AUGUGGCUGCCGGCAUGCCCCGCAGCGCUGGCGCCAGUACUGGAGGAGGAGCAGUCAGAGCGGUUGUGCUCAGAGGCACAGGCGAGCAGCCUACAACCGCCCACUCCCCCGCUGUCCUCUCCUGCUGGUGCCAGCCCCACGUCAAGGCCAGCCUCAGUCACUGAAGGAGAGGAGACCAGCAGAGCAGGACCCUCAGAUUACCCACCUCUGCACGAAGUUGCUGAAGGCAUCAGGGAAGCAAUCAGGAGCAACCUCAGGGUAUCAGAAGUGAGGAGGCACCCUCCAGAAGCAAUGGAGGACUCUUUGCCCUCCCUGCGUGUGGUGGCAGCAGAAAUAGAGACGCCUGGGCAGUCACCCAGGGGCGAUGCCCUGUCGCCAUCCACCUCUGGCGACUCCUUUGGCAAGGCCCUCAUGCACCAGGCCAUGCGCCUGAAGACCGCCAUGCUCAACCAGAAGGUCAACUUCAUGGACAUUGCCAAGCACCCCGGGCUCGCAAAGGCUGCCAAGGCGGAGCUGGAUGGGGAGAGCCGCUCCGGGAGCGCUCACCUGGACCCCAAUGCCUUCCCCCGCGAAGCUGAUGUGGAGCGGCAGCGAGUGGCGCUGGCCGCGAUUGACACGGAGGCGGAGGAGGAGAGCGGCAUCAACCGGGAGCUGGCCGCCGUCAUGUGCACGCGCAUGGACGCCGCUCGCAGGGCCACCGAAAAGCUGCUGGGUGUCCUGCAGGCGUGCGCGGGGGCGGAGGCGGCGUACACGCGGGCGCUGACCGCAGCGUCCAAGGUUCCCCUGGUGGGCGGCUGCGACGGCGCCUCUCUGCGCGCCGCCCUCUGCGGCUUCUCCGAUCUGCCCUUCAUGGUCGGCCAGGCGCAUGUGACGGUGGGUGCGGGACUGUCGGACACGACGAGGGGCAUGCAGGAGGUGGUGGGCGCGCUGCGGACGGCCUGCGCCGAGAUCUCGGGCGAGUCCGCCAAGGUGCACCGCUCCAUCGACGCCGCGCGCCGCCACCUGCAGGCCGCCUUCGCCGAUCACACCGCCGCCUGCCGGAUGACGGAUGAAUCAGCGCUGGAGCGCGCGCGGGGCCGGCUGGGGCGGCCGUUCUCGGAGACGGGCGACCCAUGGCUCACGGAGGCGCGCGUCGUGGCCGCGCACGGGAUGCUGCAACGCGCGCAGGCCGCCGAGCGCGAGUUCCUCACCCGCGCCUUCGCGCGCGUCAAGGAGCUCGAGCUGCAGCGCACCGCCGCCAUCAAGGACGUCAUCAACGCCUUCGUUGCCGCCUACAAGAGUGAUCUGGGCGUGGUGAAGGCGGACACAGCGCCGCUGCUGCGUGUGGCGGAGCAGAUAGAUGGUGAGGCUGACCUGGCAGAGCUGACGGCCAGCUCAGCGGCCGCGGCUGAGACCGGCGCAGCACUGGGCGCUCGCCAGACCGAGGCCCUGGAGGCUGCCUCGCAGGAGCUCCUGUGCAGCCCAGAAAUCGUCCGGCAAGGGGAGAUGGCGCGCUGGGUGUCUGGGUCAGGCAGGUGGAUGGACUGCCACUUUGUGCUGACGCGCUGCGGCUUCCUGCACUGGUUCAACAACAGCCCGCCAGCGCCCGCUGACAUCGUGCCUGCAGACUCCCUCAACCUGUGUCAGUUUGAGACUGGGGAGGCACCGGAAUUCAACCUUGUGGAGAUGGGACCGGGCAUGUUUGGGCGCAGCCGCCGGCUCAUCUUCCGGGCCUCGAAUGUGGAGGAGUGCUGCGAGUGGGCCAUUGGGCUCCGGGAGGCCAUACGGGGAAACUGA